AGAAGCAGCCACCGGAAAAGCUCGACAAGAAAGACACCAAGGAGGGCGAGAACGAGCCGCACGAGGCUGGCGCGUCCGGCAGCUUGCAGGAGAAAUCGGAGCAGGACGACAAAGCCGGCGAGCAGAGCAAGCAGCAGCAGCACGAGGCGAAGGAUCCAUCCCCGGCGGCGGCAGCAGCAGAGCACCAUGACAAGCAGGAGAAGCAGGACGCGAGCCAGGAGGAGCACAAGCAAAAGCAAGACAAGUCUGAACAGCCGGAGGAGAAGAAGCAGGACGCGGCGGCGGCGGCGGUGGCGGCUGGUGAGGGGAAGAAAUCUCCAGCCGAUGGCGAGUCGCUGAAUGGUGGCACGGAAAAGUCCAACUCCGAGUCGGCCGACCAUGUCGAUACGCCGGCGGGUGAUAGUGGUAGCAGCCGGGAGAAGAAGGAGGGCGCCACCGAGUCGGAAGGUGGUUCCGAUAGUGCCGGCGGAGCGAAUAGCCAGCUUGCUGCGGAGUCCAAAACGGAACGCUCCUCGCAAUCGCCCGGCGGCGGCGGCGGCACCCUGUCGACGGACGCAGACAAGCAGCUCGAGAAGGGCGAUGGCGGCAAGGAGCAGCCGGCGAAGGAGCAGCCGACGGCCAGCGGCACCAGUAGUAUUAGCAGUGGCCCGCAGGAGGUAAAGACUCCCAAGCCAGAGCAGAUGGAGACGGCGACGGAUGACGGGCAAACGUCGCAGGCGGACGAUGGUACGAAGCCGGCAUCGGUGAAAUCCGACGAGCAGCAGAAGUCGGAUCAGCCCCAGCAGUCGCCAGCUACACCGCGCGACGACCAGCAAACGCCGAGCGAUGCGUCGAAAGUAGCGACGGCGGCGGCGGAUGAGAAGAAGCAUGACGAGCAAAACGCAUCCACGGAGCCGAAACCUCCGGAGCAGCAGCAACAACAGCUGGACGCGGUGCAGGCGAUGGAGGUCGAUCCCGCCGAGCCGGGUACGGGCACGUCCGCUGAGCAGGCCAAGCAGCAGAGCACCUCCGUCGCCAGCGGUGGUGGUGGCGCGUCAUCGGAACUGGACACCAAAACGCAGCAACCACCAAAGCCGCAGGACGCCACCCAGCUGUUCGAUCAGGAUCAAGAGAUGCAGGACAUUUCCUCGCUGUCUCUGCCCGCCCCGCCGCUGCAGGAGCAGCAGGAGCAAAAGGACAAGCAAUCACCCUCACCCUCCUCGCAGCAGCAGCAGCCGAAGCAGCUCGAUCUGCAGAAGCCACAAACGCCGAUACCGUCGUUGGCGUCUCCUCAGCAGCAGCAGCAACAACAGCUGCAACAGCAGCAGCAAACCAAACUGAAUCUGCAGCAGCAGCAGCAGCAGCAAAAGAUGCAGCAACAGCAACUGCAACAGCAGCUGCAGCAGCCAAUGCAACAGCAGCUACAGCUGCAGAUGCAGAACAAGCAGCAACCGCAGCAGAUGCUGCUACUCCACCAGCUGCAGCAACAGUCGUCGGGCGGGGACGGGCAACACCAGCAAAAGCAGGACACCGAUUUGCAGCAGCAUGACCUGUUGGCGUCGCAGCUGACACAGCAACCAUCGCCAUUGACCAACCAACAGCAGCUGAAAAAUUUACUCCCGUCGUCGGUGAUGGGCAAUAACGGGCAGGAGCAACAGUCGACCCAGGACCACAGUGCUCCACAGCAGCAGCAGCAGGUGCUAAUGCAGCAGAAUGCGACGGGAGCUGCCAACACGGAUAACGUCGUUGUGGGAUCGAGGCCAUUCAAUCAGCAGCUCGUAAACGUGGCCAACAGCAUGCAGCAACAAUGUGCGUCUCCUUCGCCGGUGGUAGUAGUCAACCAGCAGCAGCAGCAACAACCAGGCCAGAUGAACAACGUCCGCAGUAUGCCGCUGUCGAACCAACAGCAGCAGCAGUGCAACACCGUGCGGCUCAUGAUGCCGCCCAAUCAGCUAGUGCCUAAUAGCAACAUGCUGCAGCAGCAGCAGCAGCAGAACGCCAACGAGCUCAUGUCCGCGACGUCGCAGAGCGUCAGCAGUACAAACCAGUCCGUCACGUUGAGCCAAGCGAUGCAAUCGCAGCAUCAACAGCAGCAGCAGAACAACUCAUCCAUCAUUCCAAUGCAACCGGGAAGCGGGAACCAGCAGCAGCAGCAACAGCAGCUGCUGUUCGGUUCCGACGGGCAGAUGUCGGGCAACGCGACCGCAACGGGAAGCUCGCUGCCGCCCAACAGCACGACCGGCCUGCAAACGAUGACGUCCCAGUCGCUGGCCAUCGUGAUGAACACGACUGGCGGCGGGGCUGGCUCGAGCAACAACUUCACGCCCGGCGGUGGUGUCGCCACCUCGUCGGCCUCGAACAGUGGCAACAGUGGUGGUGCCCAGCAGCAGCAGACGACGAUGAUCGCCGUGCCGGUGCAGGGCACCAAGGAUUGGCACCACUCGGUGACGCCCGAUCUGCGCAACCACCUGGUGCACAAGCUCGUGCAGGCGAUCUUCCCGUCGCCCGAUCCGUCCACCAUGUUCGACAAGCGCAUGUACAAUCUGGUCGCGUACGCGAAGAAGGUCGAGGGCGACAUGUACGAGAUGGCGAACUCGCGCUCCGAGUACUACCACCUGCUGGCGGAGAAGAUCUACAAGAUUCAGAAGGAGCUGGAGGAGAAGCGCCAGAAGCGCAAGGAGCAGCAGAUGCAGCUGCAGCAGCAGCAACAGCAGCAACAGCAGCUUCAGCAGCAGCAGCAGCUGAAUGCCGCCGGCGGUCCGGUGCGGCCACUCAACCACAAUCACGCCCUCCUCGGUGGCGUGGUGGGAGCGAACGCGAUCGGUGGCGGUGCGGGUAACGGCGGUGCGGGCGCUAUGCAGAUGCAGGCCCGGCUCGGCAAUAUGCUCAGCCAGGGCGGACAGCCCGGCAUGGUUGGCGUUAAUCCGCUCCAGCCCGUCAACAGCCGCAUGGUGAACGCGCAGCAGCAGCAGCAGAACCAGCAGAUGUUCGUCUCCCAGCCGGGACCGAGCCCGAACAGCAACCUGGUGCACGGGGCCGGCAACAACACGGUGCUCCCGGGCGGACUGUCGCCGUUCGGCCAGCAGCAAACGGGCCCGCAGAACCAGCUCAACAACCACGCGCAGCAGCAGGGCAAUAGCAUGGUCGUCAGCGGGCCACAACCAUCGCCGCAGAUGAACCAGGCUUUCCUGAACGGUCCCGGCUCGAUGAUGGCCGACAGCUCCUCGUCGCAGCUGCAGCAGUUCAACGACAUCGUGCGAGCCAAGUGCGCCAACCUUGCCGGUGGCGGUGGGGUCGGUGUCGGUGGUGGCAACCAGCAACAGCAGCAGCAGCCACAACAGCAGCAGCUUGGUCAGCUAUCGGGUGUGCUCGGUGUGCCGUGCCAACCGAUGGCGUCCUCGAUCUCUCCCGCAUUUAGCAGUGGUGGUGGUGGUGGUGGGGUGAACAACUCCGGUGGCGGUAUCGUGACCAUGUCGGGCGUCGGCCAUCCGAACGCUAACGCACCGGGUGCGGGUGGCAACAGCAUGUACGUCAACACGAUGAUGCUCGGCGGCAACAACCCGCAGAACCAGCAGCGUGUCGGCACCAUGGGCAUGAUGUCGUCGGGCAAUCUGCCGGGGACCGGUGGUGGCCUCGUCUCGACCGACAUGAUGGGCGGAAACGCCUACGGUGGCUCGCUAGGUGGUACGACGAACAACGCCACGUCUGCCACCGGCGGCCUUGUCACGUCCAACGGAGCAACCCCACUGUCGCUCCCCUCGCCCGUCAUCGGUGUGUCGUCGUCGGGCAACAGUGGCAUCGUCCCGCAGCAUCUGCUAACGUCCUCGUCCAUGGCCGCCAGCUCGUCCGACUCGUCGACGGUGGUGUCGCCGAUGGUGGUAGGCGGUAGUGACUCCUCGCUCGGCUCAACGUCGGCCGCUGGUUCGCUGCUUGUCGGCUCGACCGGCGGCGGUAUGAUGGCGGCGAGCGGAGGUGGUCUGGGACAGCAUCCUGCCGCUGGCAACAACGCCCUCUCGUUGAACGGUUCGACCUCAACCUCUACCACGCCGGCCACGGCCGGCCCGAUCUCUUCCAUCACGAGCGCCUCCGGUCUGGCGGGGGCAGCAGCGGCAGCCGUCUCGUCCCUCUCAGCGCCAAUCAACAACCUCACCUCAUCGACGGUGCUUCCGACGUUGUCGUCCACCGGUAGCGGCAGCAACAGUCAGGGUAGCAAUAGCAGCAGCAGCAGCAGUAGCAGCAGCAGCAGUAGUAGUAGUAGCAGCAGCAGCAGCAGUAGCAGCACCAGUAGCCUCAGCAGUAGCACCAACAGCAACGGGGGUGGUGGUUCCGGUGGCAUGGUGGUAACGGCAUCCGCCGCCAGCAGCCGCAUGGCCUCGUCUUCCUCGUUCAGCUCACAGAUGGCGGCGCUCGAGGCGGCGAUGGCGCGCGACAAGGAGGACUCGCCGGAACCGGGCUCCAAUGCCAAGGAUGUUCAGGGCGGUGGCGGAGGCGGCGGCAGCAAGAACAACAAGGGCAAGUUCGAGCUGAAGCGCGACGAGGACAUCAAGUCCGAGCCGGACAGCAACCACAUGGACACGUCGUCGUGCGGUGCCGGCAGCGAGCCGCCGGGCGGCAAGAACGUCAGCAACGACGGCAUGAGCAUCCUCAAGCAGGAGUGCAAGUCGGAGCUGAUGGACAGCUCGGACAGUGGCGGCAGCAACGGCGGCGGCGGCGGCAAGAACAAGCUCGACGUGGUCAAGUUCAAGGAGGAACCGAUGUCCCCGUCCGUCACGCCGCUCGCCAGCGUCGUCGUCAAGACGGAGAUCAAGUCCGGCAUCUAUCCCGAGCCAACCAUCCAGACGAACGCGAGCGACAACAAGAAGAAAUGCUCGUUCAAGCCGGAGGAACUGCGUGAGGCGCUGCUGCCGACGCUGGAGAAGCUGGUCGCGCAGGAACCGGAAUCCAUCCCGUUCCGCAUGCCGGUCGAUCCGAACUCGCUCGGCAUUCCCGACUACUUCGACAUCGUGCGGCAGCCGAUGGAUCUCAGCACGAUCCGCAAGAAGCUCGAGAGCGGCCAGUACCAGGAUCCGCGCGAGUACGUUGACGACGUUUGGCUGAUGUUCGACAACGCGUGGCUGUACAAUCGGAAAACGUCCCGCGUCUACCGAUACUGCACCAAGCUCUCGGAAGUGUUCGAGCAGGAGAUCGAUCCCGUCAUGCAAUCGCUUGGCUACUGCUGCGGCCGGAAGUACACGUUCAACCCGCAGGUGCUGUGCUGCUACGGCAAGCAGCUGUGUACCAUCCCGCGGGACGCCAAGUACUACAGCUACCAGAACCGCUCUUUUGGGCCAUUGUCUACCAGAUACACGUACUGCCAGAAGUGCUUCAACGAAAUCCCGGGCGACACGGUGACGCUCGGCGACGACCCGAUGCAGUCGCAGACGCAAAUCAAGAAGGAUCAGUUCAAGGAGAUGAAGAACGACCACUUGGAGCUGGAGCCGUUCGUCGACUGUCUCGACUGUGGGCGCAAGCAGCACCAGAUCUGCGUGCUGUACCUCGAGACGAUCUGGCCGGGCGGCUUCGUGUGCGACGCGUGCAUGAAGAAGAAGGGCCAGAAGCGCAAGGACAACAAGUUCAACGCGAAGCGGCUGCCGACGUCCAAGCUGGGCACGUACAUCGAGACGCGGGUCAACAACUUCCUGAAGAAGAAGGAGGCGGGCGCCGGCGAGGUGCACAUCCGCGUCGUGUCCAGCUCGGACAAGAUGGUGGAGGUGAAGCCGGGCAUGCGCAACCGGUUCGUCGAGAACGGCGAGAUGCUGCCGGAGUUUCCGUACCGCGCGAAGGCCCUGUUCGCCUUCGAGGAGGUGGACGGCAUCGACGUCUGCUUCUUCGGCAUGCACGUGCAGGAGUACGGGUCGGAGUGUGCGGCACCGAACACGCGCCGCGUCUACAUCGCCUACCUCGACUCGGUGCAUUUUUUCCGCCCGCGCCAGUACCGGACGGCCGUGUACCACGAGAUACUGCUCGGGUACAUGGACUACGCCAAGCAGCUCGGCUACACGAUGGCCCAUAUCUGGGCGUGUCCACCGUCGGAGGGUGACGACUACAUCUUCCACUGCCAUCCGCCCGAGCAGCGCAUUCCGAAGCCGAAGCGGCUGCAGGAGUGGUACAAGAAGAUGCUGGACAAGGGCAUGGUCGAGCGCACGAUACAGGACUACAAGGACAUCCUCAAGCAGGCGAUGGAGGACAAGCUGCAGUCGGCGUCCGAGCUGCCGUACUUCGAGGGCGACUUCUGGCCGAACGUGCUGGAGGAAAGCAUCAAGGAGCUCGACCAGGAGGAGGAGGAAAAGCGCAAGCAGGCGGAGCGGGAGGAGGCAGCGGCUAAUGCGAUCAUGUCGAUGAACGAAGACAGCGACACGUCGGCGGACGGCAAGAAGAAGGGCCAGAAGAAGGCGAAAAAGUCGAACAAAUCGAAGGCGGCCCAGCGGAAGAGCAAUAAGAAAACGAACGAGCAGAUCGGGAACGAUCUGAGCGCCAAGAUUUUCGCCACCAUGGAAAAGCACAAGGAGGUGUUCUUCGUCAUCCGAUUGCAUUCGGCGCAGUCCGCUGCCAGCUUGGCGCCCAUCCAAGACCCCGAUCCACUGAUCAACUGCGAUUUGAUGGAUGGCCGCGACGCGUUCCUGACGCUCGCCCGUGACAAGCAUUUCGAGUUCUCGUCGCUCCGUCGGGCGCAGUUCAGUACGCUCUGCAUGCUGUACGAGCUGCACAACCAGGGCCAGGACAAGUUCGUCUACACGUGCAACAACUGCAAGAACCACGUGGAGACGCGAUUCCACUGCACCGUUUGCGACGACUUCGAUCUCUGCAUCACGUGCAAGGAGAAGGUGGGCCACCCGCACAAGAUGGACAAGCUCGGCUUCGACCUGGACGACGGCUCGUCGCCGUCGGACGUGAAGCAGACGAACCCGCAGGAGGCCCGCAAGCAGUCGAUCCAGCGCUGCAUCCAGUCGCUGGUGCACGCGUGCCAGUGUCGGGACGCCAACUGCCGCCUACCGUCCUGCCAGAAGAUGAAGCGCGUCGUCCAGCACACCAAGCACUGCAAGCGGAAAACGCACGGUGGCUGCCCGAUCUGCAAGCAGCUCAUCGCGCUCUGCUGCUACCAUGCGAAGCACUGCCAGGAGGCGAAGUGUCUCGUGCCUUUCUGUCCCAACAUCAAGCACAAGCUCAAGCAGCAGCAGCUGCAGCAGAGACUACAACAGCAGCAGCUUCUGCGUCGCCGUAUGGCCGUGAUGAACACGACGCGCAUGGGCGCACCGCCGCCACAGAUUCCGCAGAACAGCAAUGGAGGUGGUGCCGGAGGUUUGGCCUCGCCCGGCAGCGUAUGCUCGCCGAACGUGAUCGGUGCAUGCGCCGUGCCGCCCGUAGCCGGCGGUGUGGUUAACAAUGCCACGCCGAUGGCCAUCGGAGGGGGCGUGCCGGGCAACGUAGGCGGUGUGGUGACGGGCAUGGCGUGCGGAGCGCUCGGCAAUCCGGCCGCCGGUGCGAUGAGCCCGUCGGCGACACCGAACGCGGUCCAGAUGGUGGGUGGCAUGGUCGGCAGUCCGCAUCACGCCGGCAUGGGCAUGAAGUCGGGCGCCCAAACGCCACCCGCGAACGUGUUGCAGGCCGUGAAGCAGGUGCAGGAAGAGGCAGCGCGGCAGCAGGCACCACACGUGGUGGGCUACGGUAAGGUGGUGACGCCGGUCAAUCAGAUGCCACCGCCGGUGAUGCAGCGAGGGAUGCCGGGUGUGCACAUGAACACCGCCGUCGGCGUGAACGUGUCGGGCGUGGGUGUGCUGCCGAACCAGCAGCAGCCGGGCGGCAGUGGCGGUGGCGCGGUUGGCGUGCUGCCGAUGGGUGGCGCCGGUGGUCCCACCGGCCUCGGCCAGAACGUCAUGCAGAUGGACCAGUGGGCGAACCCGCGCUACCCGAACGGUGGUGGCCAGCAGAACACGGGCAUGCGUCCGACGCUGGCCGGCCUAAUGCAGCAGCAGCAGCAGCAGCAGCAACAACAGCAGCAGCAACAACAGCAGCAGCAGCAACAGCAGCAACAGCAGCAACAGCAGACGCAGCAGCCACAAAACCCGUUGCAGGCGCAGGGCAUCAUGGGCGGUGCGCAGAUGAUGGGCGCCAUCCGGCAGGGGCUUGGAGCGGUCGGCGGCAUGCAGGGUGGCAUGAUUGGCAACGCGCAGCAGCAGGCCAGCGGCCAGAACUCGGUCGGCGGCGGCCCGAUGCAGAUGAACUCCAAUCAGCCGAAGCAGGCGAUUGCGCAGCUGAUGGCAACGCUGAAGAAUCCGGCCGCCGGGCCCGAGCAGCAACAGCAGCUCCUGUCGAUCCUCAAGGCCAACCCGCAGCUGAUGGCCGCAUUUAUCAAGCAGCGCCAACAGCAGGCCCAGAACCAGCAGAACCAGAACCAAGUCGGAGGCAUGUCGCAGCAGCAGCAGCAGCAGCAACAACAGCAGCAACAACAACAACAGCAGCAGCAACAACAGCAGCAGCAACAACAGCAACAGCACAACGUGAUGCAUCCCGGUGCAUCGCAGGUGCAGCAAGUGCAGUCUGGUCAGCCGGUGAUGGUGUACAACCCGACGGCCGGUGGUCAGAUGCCCGCGAAUCGUUUGCAGGGCGUCGGGGGACUUAACUCUAGUCAGCCAGGCUCGGUGCAGCUGCCGAUUCCCCAGCACAUGUGGUACAAACAGCAGCAGGCGCAACAGCAGCAGCAGCAGCAGCAACAGCAACAGCAGCAGCAACAACAGCAGCAGCAGGUGCAACAGCAGCAGCAGCAGCUGAUGCUGCAGCGACAGCUCGCCAUGACCGGCGGUAACAUCCAGCCGGCACCACCGUACAACCAGCGGCCUCGGCCCCAGCAGCAGAUGGUGGGCGGGUACGGCCAGGGCGGCAUGUUUCCCGAUCAGCAGCAGCAACAGCAGCAACAGCAGCAACAGCAGCAGCAGCAGUACAUGCAGCAGACGAUGAAACCGAACCCGCAGGCGCAGGGCGUCGGUGUCGGUGUUGGCGUCGGCGUCGGUGUCGGCGUCGGUGUUGGUGUGCUCUCCCAGCAGCUGCAGCAGCAGGGCGGCAACCAGGGCAUUAUGGGGCCGCCGAACCCGCAGCACGCCGCCGCCAUGCAGCAGCAGCUGAUGCAAUCGGUGCGGUCGCCCCCGCCAAUCCGCAGCCCGCAACCGCAACCGUCACCGCGGGCCGUCCCGUCGCCCCGUGCCCAGCCGUCCGUAUCACCGCGUGCCCAACCGUCGCCACAUCACAUUCCCUCGCACUCGCCGGUGCCGGUGCAGCCGGGCGACGUCGUGGUGCACAACCACAUGCACCCGCACCAGGGCACGGUCGGCAUGGUGGGUGGUGUCGGGGGCGUCGCUAACAUGGGUGGCGCGGUUGGCGGCGUCGUCGGGGGCGUCGUCGGCAUGGGCGUCGGUGGGCCCGUGAACGCCAUGUCCGUUGGCGGCGGCAUGGGUGGCGUCGUUGGUGUCGGCGGGCUCGGGGGCGUCGUUGGUGGAGUGGCCGGCGGCGUCGUCGUGCAGCAGGAUCCGACCCAGGGCGUGGGCAUCAUCGGUGGGCCGGGUGUGGUCGGUAAUGCCAACGCGAACGAAACACCCCUGCAAGACCAGCUGACCAAGUUCGUCGAGCAGUUGUAGUAGUACUCCAGCAACGGCCACGUAGACUGCAGUUCCUCCUUUUGAUACUACUCCUAAUCAUCGCCGCGGGCAGCCCCGGGACGACGAACCAUGCGCCACAUUCCUGCGUUUCGAGAUGAGUGCAAAACCAUCACCACCAUCAACAUCAUACCUCUCUCCAAUUCACUGUCAACUGAAAUACAAAUAAACGGAGAGAGAGAGAGGGAAAGAGCAAGAGCAGGAACGAAAGAGAAAGCGAGAGAGGAAAGGGUCAUAAGAGGAGUGAAGGAAUUUCAUGCGAUCUCUCCUUUCAACCUCGCUACACCAAUAACGUGUGCAAUAACGUAGGGACGCAAUGUCCCUACCCAAACAGCCCCAUACCACCCCACCCUAGGCCGCUCUUUCUCCCUCUCACUCCCGGUGUAGCGCGCGGCCACUAUUCAUUAAUCAGUCGCCGUACUACUAGAAAGAGUAAUUGUAAAUAGUGUUGGUCCUAAAGUAGCUAGAGUUGUAUUAGGUUCGCUUUUUGUUUUUUAAUUCUCGCCCUACGAACUCCUCCAAGAGUGGGGACCAGAAAGGGAGGCGGAAGAAAACGAUUAUGCCGGCGUGUGAGAUGGCGCGCGAAUUUCGACACACACACACACAUACACACUCUACCGUACUGCGAUACUAAUUCUUUAAGCACUUCACGUGUGUGUCUCCGUCGUCCGAAGCGCAGCCAGAACCCGUAUGCUCCUAACAUUUGUAUAGGCAACAAAGGAUGAGAUGCAAUAACUCACCGAACUUUUGUAAAAUUUAUGUCAUAAUCUGUGUUUAUUUUCAACCUUUGACUGUAAACAGUUCAAUCGUUUACUCUGUGUUUUGCUAAAUUAAUCACCUAUCCAAGCACCGUUUAUUUGGAUUAUUUUUUUUUGCCCCAAAACAAAACACAUACAAACACAUUAGGCGUGCGUGCUUCGCUUAAAGGAGUAACACAAGGUCGAGCAUACAGACGCGCGUGCGUGCGCGCACACACUCAUUCAUAACGUUGCUCGUCGGUUUUUCGGAAGCCAUUUUUCUCAGGUUUCAUUGAUUAUUUAAAACGAAAAAAGUGACAUCCGUUUGCCAGGUGGGUGUAACAAGGACGCAAGGACGAAGUUUGUGGGAGGGAGAGAGAGAGGGAUACGUAGAGCAACUAGGAGCAACCAAGUGGAAACUAAUUUAUGUGACCGUAACUGCUAAGCAUUAGGGAUAAACAGUAUCCCCAUCGCGCCCCCUCCCCUUCCCCUCCGCUCCUCCCUCCCUACCUACCUCCCUCCCUUCCAAACACAUCUUAGUUGUUAGAAGUGACAAUUUCGACAACGGACAGGAGUGCUGCAAUAAGCUACGAACUCGUUACUCACACUGACUAUUGUAAAUAACAAUAAAAAUAUGAUGUAGCCAAGUUUUGCGAAUAGGGAAAAUUUGCAGGCAGCACACACACACACACACAUACGUACGAUCACCGGCGCGAGUGGUUGUGUCAGGGUAUACUGUAGUAAGGCGGCAUUUUCCACCAGCGAAGGUGGAAUGCGGUCGAACAAAAGAAGAGCAAGCCUUGCAAGGAAUGGUGGAGUAGACGGUAGACGGUAGGAAAACGUGCGCGCUAGGUAAACUGUCCUAAUGGCCGAGCUAAUCGUUUUAAAAGACGUAUUUCAUAUAAAACAAAAAUAUAGGUAUAUAUCUUGUGUGUUAUGAAUUAACAAUUUUAAUGUGUAUUGUGUACUAUACGGUGAUUAAUUUGGUAUUGUAUUAGAACUUCGUAAGCACUUACCCUACUACGAGAUGGUUAAAGAGAGAGAGAGAGAGAGCGAGUGUGACUGUGCCCCAUGAAAACGCUCCUUAAUAUCCCCAGUCACAACGUUUUCGUGGUCGAGGUCGGGGCAAGCUAGUAAAAAAAAGGGAAACUAAUGCUAAUAAUCAGUGAGCUCCAGCA